AUGCAUAAAAGGCAGUUCGCCAGAAAGAAAAACAACAGAAAUCAUGAGUGGAAAGCUUCAUAUCGUUCUCCUCAGAUUAUUUUCUACGAGGAGAGGAACUUUAAGGGACGCUCAUAUGAGUGCAUCGGCGAUUGCUCAGAAAUCACUUCUCACCUGAGGCAAUGCAGCUCCUGCAAGGUGGAGAGUGGGAUUUUUAUGGUCUAUGAGCAACCCAACUUCAGUGGACUGCAGUACCUCCUCAACAAAGGGGAAUACCCCGAGUAUCAGGAAACAAUUGGGUUUAGUGACUGCAUUCAGUCCUGCCGAAUCGUCCCUCAGCACACCGGACCUUUCAAAAUGCAGAUCUACGAAAAAGCUAAUUUUGAAGGCCGGAUGCACGAGCUCACUGAUGACUGUGACUCCAUUCAGGAAAAUUACAGCAUGUCCGACCUACAGUCGUGCAAUGUGAUGGAGGGCUACUGGCUAAUGUUCGAGAUGCCCAACUUUGAGGGUAGGAUGCUGUACCUGAAGCCAGGGGAGUACAAGAACCUCAGAGAAAUCAGCAACAACAUCCGAUUCAAGUCAGUCAGACGCAUCAAAGAGACCUAACCUUAACUGUUGUUAUUCAGCUGAUUGUUUUGAUUUAAUGACAAGUGGCAAGGCAAGAAGGAGGAGGCUGAAUCUGUGAUAUGUGGCUUUUGUUCAUUUUUUCUUUAAAUUCCGAUCUUACUUUACAAAUUACCUCUUAAUUUGUGAUACGGACAAUAAAUAAACUGGUUUCAAAGUUUAAAUGCAUUGUUUUCAUAGAACUGGCAAAUGACUAUGGAGAUUUGGUCCAAUGUAUUGCAUUUUAGUAUAAUCACAGCUUUUGCUUGAGGUUUUCAUAGCAUUUUUUAAACCCACAAUACAAUUCCUGUGUGUGAUUUGAGGUUGUAGCAAUC